CGCUCCUCUGACGGUUCAGGGGCUUGUAAGGGCUGAAGCAUGGCAGACACCGGCGUAUUGGAAAUAAUUCUGAAAAGAAUAGAAGCCGUCGACGGAGGUGUUGAUAGCCAGGAUGUGGCUACAUCUCUCUCAGUGGACCACCAAGUUGUUGUUGGUGCUGUUAAAAGUCUCCAGUCCUUGGGAGAUAUUAUCUUAGCUGAGCAACGCUCGUCUAAACACUGGGAGCUGACUGGGGAGGGACAGGAGACCGCUGAGAAGGGGAGUCAUGAAGCCCGAGUCUUCAGUGCCAUCCCUGAAGAGGGUCUUGCUCAAAGUGAACUCAUGAAACUGCCAAGUGGAAAAGUGGGCUUCAGCAAAGCCAUGUCCAACAAAUGGAUUCGCGUGGACAAAGGUCACGAGGCUGGGCCAAAAGUCUUCAGAAUGGUGGAGAAAAUAGAUGAUUCCGUCCAGGGGAAGCUGGUGCAGAUCCAGAAGGGCAUUGCUGCUGAUGUGGAUGAGAAGGAGAAGAAUGAGCUGAAGAAACGGAAACUGCUGACAGAAGUGACUGUCAAGUCAUAUUGGAUAACUAAAGGCCCUUCCUUCAGUACCAUCAUCACCAAGCAGGAGGCUGAGCUCACGCCAGAGAUGAUUACGAGUGGGAGCUGGAAACAGAAGUCUUUCAAACCGUACAAUUUUGAAGCCCUUGGUGUAGCUUUGGACUGUGGACACCUGCACCCACUCAUGAAAGUGCGCACACAGUUCAGACAGAUCUUUUUGGAGAUGGGAUUCACAGAAAUGCCCACAAACAAUUUCAUUGAGAGCUCCUUCUGGAAUUUCGACUCCCUUUUCCAGCCACAACAGCAUCCUGCAAGAGACCAACACGACACAUUCUUCUUAUCUGACCCUGCUGUCUCCCGCGAAUUCCCCCAGGAUUACCUGGAGAGAGUAAAAAAGGUCCAUUCUGAGGGAGGCUUCGGAUCACAAGGAUACAAGUACGACUGGAAGAUAGAAGAGGCUCAGAAGAAUAUCCUCCGUACACAUACUACAGCUGUGAGCGCUCGCAUGCUCUACAAGCUGGCACAGCAGGGAAAGUUCACACCGGUCAAGUACUUCUCCAUUGACAGGGUGUUCAGAAACGAAACCCUGGACGCUACUCACCUCGCCGAGUUUCACCAGAUAGAGGGUGUGGUGGCAGACUAUGGGCUAACCCUGGGUGACCUCAUGGGCAUUCUACAUCAGUUCUUCACAAAAUUAGGAAUCACCAAACUACGCUUCAAACCAGCCUUCAACCCUUACACUGAGCCCAGUAUGGAAAUUUUCAGCUAUCAUGAAGGGCUAAAUAAGUGGGUAGAGGUGGGUAACUCUGGAGUGUUCCGGCCGGAAAUGCUGCUGCCAAUGGGCAUCCCAGAGGGAGUGUCCGUCAUUGCCUGGGGACUAUCCUUGGAGAGGCCCACUAUGAUCAAGUAUGGAAUCAACAACAUCCGUGAGCUUGUAGGACACAAGGUCAACCUACAAAUGGUCUACGACAGCCCCAUCUGUCGACUAGACUCUUGAAUUUGAACCUGGCAGGUAUCCAAAUCCAUAUCCUGGUGAGCUGUCAACUAAGGACUCAUAUUUUCUGUGGCCCUUCUAAGCCAGCCAACUCUCUGGUUUCAUAUUUAUACUGCACUCUGUCUGUGUGUGACCAUCGGACACAUCCCGCUGUCUUUGAGUACUUGGCCAAAAAAGAAUUCCGUCUUCUUCAAGCAGUGUGUGGGAUAUAAGCUAUUAAUCGUUAUUUUUAAAAUCAUCUGUUCCAAAUUGGAUGGUGGACCUAAAACAGAUUUAUUACCAGCAGAUAGACCUUUGAUGACGCUGACCAGGAGUUAUUCAUCUCAGCAAGAGAUGCUUCUGAGGGGCCUGCUUUGGCACUAAUGGCUACUUUGGUUGAAAUCUGAAUCUCCCUACCUUGUUUGUAAAAAUAAAAAUCAUAACAAAACCAUACUUAAACUCCUGUCCAGUGUGAACCCAUAAGAAGGGAAAUUCACUCAGGGUUGAAGUGAUUUAUUAAAGUUGUACCCAGAACACUUGUGUGGAUGUGUUUAUUAUCUCAGUUGAUAUACAUCUCAAAAGCCAUGACUUGUGUAUUGAGUAUAUUAAGUGGAGAACUAAUGCCAAGUAAACUGUUGAUUUGGCAAGUCAA